CCCUAUCCCGGGUCCGCACCAUGGCGAGCCUGCGGCCGUCCGGCUCGGGCUCCACCGCACCGGGCCCGGCCCCCCUGCGGCUGCUACUCUUGCUCCUGGUGGUGGCGGCGAGCGUCCUGCCCCGCGCUGGCGGGACCUGCCCGGAGCGGGCGCUGGAGCGGCGGGAGGAGGAGGCGAACGUGGUGCUCACGGGCACCGUGGAGGAGAUUCUCAACGUGGACCCGGUGCAGCACACGUACUCGUGCAAGGUUCGGGUCUGGCGAUACCUGAAGGGCAAAGAUGUUGUGACCCCAGAGAGCCUACUGGACGGUGGCAACAAGGUGGUGAUUGGUGGCUUUGGAGACCCCCUCAUCUGUGACAACCAGGUGUCCACUGGGGACACCAGGAUCUUCUUUGUGAACCCUGCACCCCCAUACCUGUGGCCAGCCCACAAGAAUGAGCUCAUGCUCAACUCCAGCCUGAUGCGGAUCACCCUCCGUAACCUGGAAGAGGUGGAGCACUGUGUGGAAGAUAAACCUGGGACCCACUUCACACCAGCAGCCCCUACGCCUCCAGACGCGUGCCGGGGAAUGCUGUGUGGCUUUGGUGCCGUGUGUGAGCUGAGUGCGGAGGGCCCUGGCCCAGCCUCCUGCGUGUGCAAGAAGAGCGCCUGUCCCAGCGUGGUGGCGCCCGUGUGCGGCUCUGACGCCUCCACCUAUAGCAACGAGUGCGAGCUACAGCGGGCACAGUGCACCCAGCAGCGCCGCAUCCGCCUGCUCAGCCGUGGCCCCUGUGGGUCCCGGGAUCCCUGCCUCAACGUGACCUGCAGCUUUGGCAGCACCUGCACCCGCUCCGCUGAUGGGCAGACGGCGGUGUGCCUGUGCCCCACCUCCUGCCCAGGGGCCUCCGAGGGCACAGUGUGUGGCAGUGAUGGCACUGACUACCCCAGCGAGUGCCAGCUCCUGCGCCACGCCUGCGCCCACCAGGAGAACCUCUUUAAAAAGUUUGACGGCCCUUGCGAUCCCUGCCAGGGCACCCCUGAUGACCCGAGCCGCAUGUGCCGUGUGAACCCUCGCACAAGGCAGCCUGAGAUGCUUCUGCGAUCCGAGAGCUGCCCCCCACGGCAGGCACCUGUGUGCGGUGACGACGGUGUCACCUACGAGAACGAUUGCGUGAUGGGCCGCACCGGGGCCGCCCAUGGCAUCCUUCUCCAGAAAGUUCGCUCUGGCCAGUGCCAUCCACGAGACCAGUGCCUGGAGCCCUGCCAGUUUCAUGCUGUGUGCCUGUCCCGCCGGGGUCGCCCCCGCUGUUCCUGUGACCGAGUCACUUGUGAUGGCGCCUACAGGCCAGUGUGCGCCCAGGAUGGGCACACCUAUGACAACGAGUGCUGGCUCCACCAAGCUGAGUGCCAGCAGCAGAGUGCUAUCCUUGUGAGGCACCGGGGCCCGUGUGGCCAACCCCCAUCACCGUGCCUCGGGGUUCAGUGCCCAUUCGGGGCAACUUGUGCUGUGAAGAACGGUGAGGCUGCGUGUGAGUGCCCGCAGGCAUGCCCAGGCAUCUACGACCCUGUGUGUGGCAGUGACGGCAUCACGUAUGGCAGCACAUGCGAGCUGGCAGCCACAGCCUGCGCCCUCGGCCGAGAGACCCAUGUGGCGAGAAGAGGGCCCUGUGACCGCUGUGGGCAGUGCCGCUUUGGGGCCUUGUGCGAGGCGGAGACGGGGCGUUGUGUGUGCCCCUCCGAGUGUGUGGCCUUGGCCCAGCCUGUGUGUGGCUCUGAUGGACGUACCUAUGCCAGCGAGUGCGAGCUGCACGUGGCCGCCUGCACCCACCAGAUCAGCCUUCAUGUGGCCGCAGCUGGACACUGCCAAACCUGUGGGGACAUGGUGUGCGCCUUUGGGGCUGUGUGCUCGAUGGGGCAGUGCGUGUGUCCACGGUGCGAGCGCCCCCCACCUGGCCCUGUGUGCGGCAGUGAUGGCGUCACCUACCAUAGCGUAUGCGAGCUCCGUGAGGCCUCCUGCCGGCAGCAGACACACAUUGAGGAGGCUCGGGCAGGGCCCUGCGAGCUGGCCGAGUGUGGUUCAGGAGGCUCUGGCUCUGGGGAAGAUGGUGAGUGUGAGCCCGAGCUGUGCCGGCAGCGUGGCGGCAUCUGGGAUGAGGACUCAGAGGAUGGGCCAUGCGUCUGUGACUUCAGCUGCCAGAGCGUUCUGCGGAACCUGGUUUGUGGCUCUGAUGGGGUCACCUAUGGCACCGAGUGUGAGCUGAAGAAGGCCAAGUGCGAGUCACAGCGAGAACUGUAUGUUGCGGCUCAGGGAGCCUGCCGAGGCCCUACCGCUGCCCCACUGCCACCCAUGGCUCCCCCACACUGCACCCAGACCCCCUACGGCUGCUGCCAGGACAAUGUCACGGCUGCCCAGGGUGUAGGCCUGGCUGGCUGUCCCAGUGUGUGCCAGUGCAACCCUCAUGGCGCCUAUGGUGGCUCCUGUGACCCAGCCUCGGGCCAGUGCUCCUGCCGCCCGGGCGUGGGGGGUAUCAAGUGCGACCGCUGUGAGCCUGGCUUUUGGAACUUCCGUGGCAUCGUCACUGAUGGCCGGAGUGGCUGCACCCCCUGCAGCUGUGACCCCCGGGGCGCUGUACGGGAUGACUGUGAGCAGAUGAGCGGGCUGUGCUCCUGUAAGCCUGGCGUGGCAGGCCCCAAGUGCGGGCAGUGUCCAGAUGGCCGGGCCCUGGGCCCCACUGGCUGUGAAGCAGACUCUGUGGCACCUGUGACCUGUGCGGAGAUGCGCUGUGAGUUUGGAGCCUCCUGCGUGGAGGAAGCUGGCUCUGCUCACUGUGUGUGCCCAACGCCCACAUGUUCAGAGGCCAAUGCGACCAAGGUCUGUGGGUCGGACGGCAUCACCUAUGGUGACGAGUGUCAGCUGAGGACCAUCGCCUGCCGUCAGGGCCUGGACAUCUCCGUCCAAAGCCUCGGGCCCUGCCAGGACUCCAUCACUCCCAGCACCCGCCCGACACCUGCAGCCACCGCCAAGCCUGUCAUACACAGGGCACUGCCGGUCCCCCCCAGUGCCCUUCCCCUGGGUCCUAGUAGUACCCGCCAUGGCCGGCCCACCCCUCAACCCUCAGUGCGACCGUGGACCACAGCCAGCAUGCCCAGGACCACAGGACGGCCAGCACUGACAGUGCCCCCCACGGCCUUCUCCAUGGUGGCCAGCCUGGCCACGUCAGCCUUUGGUGAAUCAGGCAGCGCCGAUGGCGGGAGUGGUGACGAGGACCUGAGUGGGGACCUGGAGGCCAGUGGAGCCGGCUCUGGGGGACUUGAGCUUCCCGAAGGUGGUGAUGCUGUGACUCCAGGACCACCCAUCGAGAGGGCUUCCUGCUAUAACUCACCUCUGGGCUGCUGCUCAGAUGGGACAACGGCCUCGCUGGACGCGGAGGGCUCCAACUGCCCAGCCACCAAGGCGUUCCAGGGUGUGCUGGAGCUUGAGGAGGUUGAGGGACAGGAACUCUUCUAUACACCUGAGAUGGCCGACCCCAAGUCAGAGCUGUUUGGGGAGAUGGCGCGGAGCAUUGAGAGUGCGUUGGAUGACCUGUUCCGGAACUCGGAUGUCAAGAAAGACUUCCGGAGCGUGCGCCUGCAGGACCUGGGGCCUGGCAUCUUAGUCCGUGCCAUCGUGGAAGCCCACUUUGACCCCACCACAACCUUCAGGGCAGCUGACGUGGGACGGGCCUUGCUCAGGCAGAUCCAGGCAUCCCGCCGCAGGUCCUUGGUGGUGAAACGGCCGCUGCAGGAACAUAUGCGUUUCAUGGACUUCGACUGGUUUCCUGCAUUCUUCACCCCGGGAGCCACCACUGCCAUGGCCGGAGCCACUACUGCUGCCCACCCGCCCUCUGCCUCUGUGACCCCCCGAACCCUCUACCCUACUCACACCAGCCGGCCCCUCAGCAGAACCACAGCACCCCCUACCACCCGCCGGGCCUCCACUGCUGCUCCAAGCCGCGUGCCCGGACGCCGACCCCUGCUCCCAGGCACCCCACGGCCCCCACAGCCCUGUGACUCACAGCCCUGCCUUCACGGCGGGACCUGCCAGGACCAGGAUGCCGGCCAGGCUUUCAGCUGCAGCUGCCCCGCAGGCAGGGGUGGCACUGUCUGUGAGACGGUGCUGCGGCCUGUAGUGCCAGCCUUCAGGGGCCACUCCUUCCUGGCCUUCCCCACACUGCGCGCCUACCACACACUGCGCCUGGCACUUGAGUUCCGGACUCUGGAGCCACAGGGGCUGCUGCUCUAUAAUGGCAAUGCCCGUGGCAAGGAUUUCCUGGCACUGACUCUGCUGGGGGGCCGCGUGCAGCUCAGGUUUGACACUGGCUCUGGACCCGCCAUACUGACCAGCUUGGUGCCCAUUGAGCCAGGCCCCUGGCACCGCCUGGAGUUGUCACGGCACUGGCGUCAAGGGACACUGUCAGUGGAUGGCGAGACCCCUGUACUUGGUGAAAGCCCUAGUGGCACUGAUGGCCUCAACCUGGACACAGACCUCUUUGUGGGUGGCGUCCCCGAGGACCAGGCCACUGUGGUGUUAGAGCGGACCUCAGUCAGCACUGGCCUUCAGGGUUGCAUCCGCCUACUGGACAUCAACAACCAGCAGCUGGAGCUGAGUAGUCAGGGGCCUGCAGCCCGCAGUGUUGGUGUGGGCGAGUGUGGGGAUGACCCCUGCCUGCCCAACCCCUGUCAUGGCGACGCCCCAUGCCAGGCCCUGGAUACUGACAUGUUUCUCUGCCAGUGCCCACCCAAACGCUUCGGCCCAACUUGCGCCGAUGAAAAGAGCCCCUGUUUGCCCAACCCCUGCCACGGGGCGGCCCCCUGCCGCAUCCUGCCUGGGGAUGGGGCCAAGUGCGAGUGCCCCCCGGGACGUGAGGGCGCCCUCUGCCAGACAGCCUCAGAGCGGGAUGAUUCCUGGCCCUUUCUGGCUGACUUCAACGGCUUCUCCUACCUGGAGCUGAAAGGCCUCCACACCUUUGAGCGCGACCUGGGGGAGAAGAUGACGCUGGAGGUAGUCUUCCUGGCCCGUGGCCCCAACGGCCUGAUCCUCUACAAUGGGCAGAAGACAGACGGCCGGGGGGACUUUGUGUCUCUGGCACUACACGGCCGCCACCUGGAGUUCCGAUAUGACCUGGGCAAGGGGGCAGCGGUCAUCAGGAGCAAGGAGCCAGUGGCCCUGAGCACCUGGACCCGGGUCUUGCUGGAGCGCAGUGGCCGCAAGGGUGCCCUGCGUGUUGGUGAUGGGCCCCGAGUGCUGGGGGAGUCCCCGGUGCCGCACACGGUCCUCAACCUGAAGGAGCCACUCUACAUUGGGGGUGCCCCUGACUUCAGCAAGCUGGCCCGGGCCGCUGCUGUGUCCACAGGCUUUGACGGCGCCAUCCAGAUGGUCUCCCUGAAAGGCCACCAGCUGCUGACUGAGGAGAACGUGCUACGGGUGGUGGAUGUCUCGUCCUUCAUGGACCACCCCUGCACCCGGCCCUCAGGCCACCCCUGCCUCAACGGGGCCUCCUGCCUCCCACGGGAGGCUACUUACGAGUGCCUGUGUCCUGCGGGCUUUUCAGGGCCAAAUUGCGAGAAAGGGCUGAUCGAGAAGUCAGCAGGGGACCUGGACACAGUGGCCUUCGAUGGGCGGACCUACAUUGAGUACCUCAACGCUGUGACCGAGAGUGAAAAGGCGCUGCAGAGCAACCACUUUGAGUUGAGCCUGCGCACGGAGGCCACGCAGGGGCUGGUGCUGUGGAGUGGCACGGCCACGGAGCGAGCAGACUACAUGGCGCUGGCCAUUGUGGACGGGCACCUGCAGAUGACCUAUGACCUGGGCUCCCAGCCUGUGGUGCUUCGCUCCACUGUGCCUGUCAACACCAACCGAUGGCUGCGGGUCAAGGCACACAGGGCACAGAGGGAAGGCUCCCUUCAGGUGGGCAAUGAGGCCCCCGUAACCGGCUCCUCCCCACUGGGCGCCUCGCAGCUCGACACAGACGGAACCCUGUGGCUUGGGGGCCUGGAGAAGCUGCCCGCAGGCCAGGGGCUGCCUAAGGCCUACAGCACCGGCUUCGUGGGCUGCCUGCGGGAUGUGGUGGUGGGCCGGCGCCCGCUGCACCUGCUGGAGGAUGCCGUCACCAAGCCCCAGCUGCGGCCGUGCCCUGCCCCCUGAGCCAGCUGGGCCAGGAGCCCCCACUGCCACCACUUCCCACCUGCUGUAAUUAUUUUCUAUUUUUGUAAACUCGUUGCCUUUUGAUAUGAUUUUCUCACCUGUGUGCUGGCUGGAAGGACUGCUGGCCCGGCCUCCCUUCCUCCAGGCAGCCUUGCUGCAGACAAAACCUGGAGCCAGGACUUGAAGGACAACAGCGGCAGGAGCGGGGCUCAGCCUGAUGCCACGGACACACCCCUCUGCCUUGGCCCCUGCAUCCUGCCUCCGUCCCUGGUGGUCACACUAACUGUCCUUCUGUGCAUUUCAUGUGUCUCCUGUGCUGGCCCCCUUGUCCUCAGGCCCACUGGCAGGCCCUUGCACAUGUCACACCCUCUGGCAGAGGGCCUCAGGUCUUGCCAGGAAUGUGCUGGGACUCAAGGGGGGCCCUUCCCCCCAGUCCCAUAGGACCUUUCUGGGGUCCCCCUCUGAGUUGCUCCCCCACCCAGGGGUACAUUGUGGUAGGCCACCCUGGGCCUCCUGUGCCAAUACUGUGACUUAAAAACAUUGUUACCGUUGGGGCUACACACCGUGCCCCCCAGAAGCUGUGUCUAUCAGUCCCAGGGUACUGGGAAGGAAAAAGCCAGGGCCAGACCAUUCUGGGUGCCCUUACUUGCAGGUUCCACCCCUUCAUCCAGCCCCAAUGGACAUGGCUAUGCCCACCUCCCCCCAACAGGCCACUGAGGCCCCCAGGAGAGAGUGUGGCUGCCAUGGGUGUGAAGUUGUUGACCUCUGUUGCAUGCCUGCCUGGGCCAAUGGCGUUCCCCCUUCUGAGGGACUGGGGGUCUGGGCUUGGCCACCGAUCACAGAGUGCUUCAUGUAUGACGUUAUUUAACAUUUGGAGGAAUGAGGCGCUUGGCCUUCGUGUCCUGGUUGAGGGCAGCUGUGGACAAUGUGGUGUCAGGGGUGGUGUCCUUGACCAGGAACGUGCAGGGGCCCAGGCCAUGGUGGCGGUGGGGAGGCACAGGCAGCUGCAGAGCCAGAACUGCCUUAAACUGCACUGUUGUGUCCAUCCUGUCAUCCUACCCCUGUCCGUCCUCCUGGUGGAGCCAGUGGCGCAAACAUCCUCCCUGAGGCGGGGCUGCCUCAGGCCCAGGGCCCAGAGAAGCAGGGAGCUGCCCGGUGUACCGUUACUAACCCAGUGCUGUCUGUCGGUCACCGUGAAAUAAAAUCUCAGCACUUCAAAAGGGGUGCUUGUGUCUGUCUUCACUGAACUCCUCCCCAGCCCCUCCCAGUGCCCACCUGGCU